ACGAUACGAGAGGGCAUUGGAAAGAAUCAUAUGACGUUAAUUAGUAUGAGAAUUUUCUAGAUGACAUUUUAAAGUUAAUUAUAAAAGGCAUUCCGUAUUCGAAAUUAAUUAAAAUAAGCUUAAAUAGAAGAAUAGGUAAAGAAGUGGCGGAAAUUUAAGAGUGGUUUGACAUGAAAGAGAAAAGAUGAUGGAACCAAGUGACGUCCCAAAAUCGUCUCAAGAUGAUGCGCCUUUCUGGUUGAAAUUUGUCGUUAGAUUUUUGGGAAGUGCUGGAUCUUUAAUUGCUUUAGGUUUAGGAGCAUGGGCAUGUGUUACUUUUACUCCAAAAUGUCUGUUGGCUGGAAUUAUCCAAAUGCUUGUUGGAGUACUUGUGGCUCUUAUUGAAGCACCGUGCUUUUGUAUGUUUUUGGAUUUUGCUCAAGCCCCAAGUAAUUAUUUUGACCAAAAACCAUAUUGGCAUAGAGGAUUACUUUAUGUAGUAAUUUCUAUCAUGCCGAUUGCAAUUUGUCCUGAAUUUACUACAUUCUUUGGAUCUGGAUUAAUUUUUAUUACUGGCAGUCUUUAUGGAAUCCUAGCUCUUGGAAAAAAGGCAUCUUCUGAUGAAAUGAAAUAUCGUGCUACCAGCUCUGCUAAUUUACUACCAAAUAAUGAAAAUAGAGAUGUAGAAACUGGCAUUAAAACUACUCAGUCAGGAGUAUAAUACUAAUUUUCAAGCUAAAUAUUUAUUUUAAAUGCUUUGUAUUGAUGUUGUAUGAAAGUUUAUUCUAAAUAUAAAUAUUUGUGUAUGCAAGUAUUAAAUUUUAUACUUUUAAAAA